UGGUAUCUAAAAAAACAGCUUUUCAACGUUGAAUAAUAAGCAUUAGAACCAGUGCGUUUUGGUUGGAAUCAAAAACUUAGGUUUACUGAAGAAUGAAGUUUAUUCUGUGUUAUUGACUGACAUAAAGCUAAGGACAUUUUGAUGCUAGAAAGAAUAAAAUGUUGGCCAAUUACAGAUCCGGUUUAAUGUGUAACAGACCAUGAGUUUGGAGGAAUUUGAAGAAGGCCAAUAUCUAACACCAGAAGAUGAAGGCCAAUCUGACAAACCAUCAGAAAACUAUAUUCUGAACUCUAGACCAUAUCAUCAACAUGGAAGAGGACGUUCAUUUCAUCAAGGAUAUUGGCGUGGCAGGAGUUUCUGGGGAAGAGGAAAGCCAUUCAGAGGCAACUUUCAAGCCAACACAAGAAAAAUCAGAAAAUCAUUUGAGAAUGGACAUGAACAGGAAAAUAGAUCUCCAAUUUCCAGUCUAGAAAGAUCACGAGAUUCAAAAGAAAGGUCAAAAGAUUCAAAAGAAAGGUCAAAAGAUUCAAAUGAAAAGUCAAGAGAUUCAAAAGAAUGGUCAUAUUCUAGGUCAUGCAGACCAAGUAGAGAAAAAUCUCCAACCUCAUCAAGGAGAAGUAAAAGUAGAGGAAGGUCAAAUAGGACUAACAGCCGUGAAAGGUCACAUAGGACUCUUAGCCAUGAAAGGUCACAACAUGGCCAUCGAACUCAAGAUAAAUUUAGGAGUCGAUCCAGAGACAGAAUCCGUAGUCGGUCACCUAGACGCAAUAGUAGAGGAAGGACUCAGAAAGGUUACAAUAGAGAAGAAACUAGACAAUUGAAUAACUCAAGAGACAACAGUGAGCAUCAUAAGGAAAGUCAUCACAAAAACAAUAGUGAGCAUCAUAAGGAAAGUCAUCACAAAAACAAUAGUGAGCAUCAUAAGGAAAGUCAUCACAAAAACAAUAGUGAGCAUCAUAAGGAAAGUCACCACAAUAGAAAUCAUCAUGGUAUCAAAAGGGAUCAUUCUAAAAACAGUAGAGAUCGUCAUAAAAGUGAUGAACCCCUGAAGGACCAAUUUGAAAAGAAAAGGAGGUCUGCAGAGUUGCGAGAAAAUGGUCUUCCCAUAGAAAGUGAAUGUAAAUAUUCGCCAAAUAUGAAUGACAAACUAAUGAACAUGUCAAAUGAUUGGUCAUCUAAAAAAAGACAUAAUAGUUCUCCUUUAGAAAAUGAAUUGAUAAAAGAAGAAAAUGAUAGAAGGGACAAUAAAAGAAGAAAUUUGAUAUGGUCUCAGAGGGAAUUAGGUAGAGAACACAAUCAUGUUCAAGAUUUUGUAGAAGAAGGAUUGCGAGAGAUCAGAUUUGGUGAAAAAGGCAGACCUAUAAAAAAGGAACAUAAUGGUGUUAACAAAAGGAAGGAAUUACGAAAUAGGAAUAGGAUGGAGAACUAUGUAUUAACAUCUGUGGACAUAGAAUGUCUCCACAGAAAGAAUGAUCGUUAUCAUUUCUAUAGAGUUCCUAACAAAUCCAUGGAUACAACUUCAUCCUCUACAACAUCAAAUGACACAGCCAUGUUGGACAACAGCUAUAGAAAUACCAAAACUGAAACAUCAGAUGACACAGCCGUGUUUGACAACAGCUUCAAAAAUACCAAAUCUAGAACAUCACAUGUCAUAAAUAUUGCCAAAGGUAUAUCCAAAGUCUGUCAAGGUCGUAUCACUGCAGACGGCAAAAGAACUUUUACUGAUAUUAAGGAAGAAGAACUGUACAAUGAUAAUAAGGAUGGAAAAACAAUCAACCAGACAAAUGAAGUAAAACGAAAUGUUCAGCACAGUGAGAUUGAUCAUAACAACAAAGUUACUGGUGGAAAAUCUUUUAACUUUAGAACUAGACAAAACUCUGGUCCCAAUGAAAAUAAAUAUGAAUCUUCAACCAAUCAAUUCGAAGCUUUUACCAAUCAACCACAACGUGUGUUAGAGACUAAUCAACCAUUCUGUCAUGAUCAGAUAUUAAAUCGUGAAUCAAAUUAUAAACAUUCAAACGACUUCCAUAUGAUGCAUUGUAAUAACGUAGACACUACCAUGCAUUGUGAUGUACAGACAGACAAAUCUAGGAGAUAUGCACAACCUGAUGAGGCUGGAGAUAAUGUACCGUACUUUACAAACAUAUCUAGAUCAAGGACAUUGGUGAACAAAUUAAACUCUCGUCAACCAUUGCUGCGGACACCAGCAAGGGGAGACAAUUUUGUUCAUGACUAUCAUUGUUCAUCUUCAAAUCAGCACAAUCUCUCAGAAACACCAGCAAGGGGAGACAGCUUUGUUCACGACUAUCAUUGUUCAUCGUCAAAUCAGCACAAUUUCUCAGAAACACCUCAAAUCUGUCAUAAUCCACCUGAUCAAGUUCACCCAAACAUACCAGACAAGGAGAAAAUAGACUCUGUUAUAGACUGGUUUAUGAGAAACAACUCUAAUCGUUCAAAUUCGUCAAAGGAAUCGCCAGAGGAUGAUGUAAGUGUUAAUGCUGCUGAAAAGAGUGAUAUAAAUACAUCACAGAGUCAUACUUCAAAAACUGAUAUCAUUGAUAAAUCAUACAAUGCUGAAUCAUCACUUCAGGACACAUCAGGAAUAGCAUCACCAUCAACUUCAUUGAAAUAUCAAGAAGUUCAAAGUGACGGACAUCACAUUUAUACUCCCUUUGCAAACUUUUAUGAACAAUCAGAAAACAAGGAAGAAAGAGACCAGAGUAAAAAAUCUGAAGCUAAAUUGAACUUAAAAAUUACUGUGAAAUCUAAAUCGUCUAGUGGUGAUAGUAAUAAUAAUGUUCAACGUGUAAGAGACAGGAAAUCAAAGAACGUUACUGAAAACAAAGAUGCUAAAUCAGACAAUCUUACCGGAAAUAAAAACAACAAAUCUUCUAAUGUUACAGAGAAUACAGAGAAACCAAACGAUGAAAACAGUCAGAAUUCAGAUCCAUCUGAGAUUACAUGUUCUCGUACAACAGGGAUAUCAAAAACAACAUCGUGUUCAGUUACUAAAUCUAAGUCAAUGGAAGGAAAGGAGGAAAUGUUUAUAUCAGGUGAACACAAAAAAACAAGUCAAUCCUCCAAAUCAAGUAAAGAGAAAAAGCAUUCUUCAGAUCUCAAUGUUAAAACAAAGGACCAAAAAUCAAAAGACAAUAAAAGGGAAAAGAAAUCAUGUGAAAAAAUGAUGAAACAAACUGAAACGAAGAAAUCGUUGGUGCUCAAUCCAAACAUAAACAAUAGAAAUGUGCCAACUAGUCCAAAAAUCAAUUCAUUCGCUAAAGAUAAACUGACAUCAACACCAGUUACCAUUGGAAAAACAAUGUCAUGUGAAAAAGAUUUAUUUUUAUCACCUGUACUGAACCUAAAAACAUCGAGCGGGUCUAAAGAAAAGAAACGUCAUACUUCAGGGAGUCAUGAGUCACCAAACAAAUGUAGGGUCAUGUCUGAGGCAUUGUCUGAAUCAGAUUGUAGUGCUAACAGCUUGAUGGUAGUUGAUAGCUGGCAUGAGGGAACCUCAAGUGAAAAAUCAAAACAUUCGUCAGGUCUGCUAUCAAAAGAUGUCAGUGUUGAUAAAGAAAUGGUAGACAUUGAGGAAGAAGCAGACUCAAACCAAAACAUUUUUGAUAAAAUUGUUCACAAGAAAAAGUCAGAGAAAAGGUCAAGAAGUCCAUUAAGACUGUCAGAGAUUAAAAAGAUAAAUUCUGAUAAGAAAGCUCUUAAAGCAAAACAUGGCAAUAGUCAAUCUGUUGAUAAAGAUCAAGAAACGAAAAUUCUAACUGAAAAGUCAAAUAAUUUGAAGAAUGAGAAAAAGGCUUUGAAAAAAGAACACAAAAGGAGGAAAGAAGAGAUGCAUCAAAAAUCAAAACCGUCAUCAUCAGACGACAAAUCAAAAGUUGUUUUAUCCUGUGAAAAAUUAAAUGAGGCAUCAUUACUGAAGAAAACUGAUGUUAAUUCAACACCUACUAGACUGAAAGUAAAAUCUACACAUGAAAAAUCAAAAACAAUUGACAAAUCUGAAACUUGUGAUAAUUCUAAAAUGACUUCUAGUUUUGACACAUCUGAUAUUACCACCCCCCCUGUUCACUCGUUAUUUGGACGUAAAAUUAGAACUGGAUUGGAAGAUUUACCGUUUAUAAAUACUCCAAAGAAAGAUAAACCUUGUGAAGGAAAGUCAAACGAAUCGGAAAAAAGUAGCAUAAAUAUUCCAGAAAACCUUUUCCAUAAGAUGAAGAAAAAACUUAGUCAAACAAGUAAUGUAAAAAGGUUAGACCCAGCAAAGACAAAAAUAGUCAAAUUAGGAACCAGUAUAAAAAAUGAAGAAACAACCGUUCAAACUGACAAAGAAAAGCAGAAGCAAACCGAGGGAUGUAAAAGGCAGCAACAAACAAACAUAGAGGAAGAUAAAGAAAUGAAAAAUCAGAAGGAUAAGACUGUUAAUGAUUUGAACAAAAAUAUUCACCGAUCUGCAAAAACACAUGGCGGGAAAGAUAACAGUAAAUCUAUAGAAAACAAAUCAUUGAAGCAACACAAACAAAAACAAGGGGAAAAAAUUAGAAAGAAUAGUCACGACAAAAGUAAGUGUUCCUCUACGUGUGGUAUGAAGGAGGGAGAUAAACAGUCCGUGGAGAAAGAACAUCAUACAAGGAAAGAAAAAACACAAAAUGACAAUACAAAGAUAAAAUUAACAAACAUAGACAAUUGUAAAAACAAGUUGACAGGCUCUAAGGAUGAAACUGAUGAAGGUUCUGCAAAUAUAUUGAUGAGCGUAGAAAUGUGUAAAGUAGGGAACAAACAUCAGAAUCUUCACAAGGAAACAGAUCCUACUAUGAUCAAGGAAAACAAUCAUAAUGAUACUGAUUGCAAUGUGGACAGUUUUGAAGAAAACAAUGUAGAGAAUCAGCAAGAUGAAAACACAUGUACAAUGGAGUGUUCUGAUGAAAACUACGCUGAUGACUGCAUGGCAGAGACUACUGUUAGCACAGAAGAAAGUUUUGAGUGUUUUGGAAUUAUUGAAAACGUAGACUUAAACACUGUAAGCCUAAGUGCUGAUGAAUUAGAAAAACUAGAAAAUGUUCAAAAUGUUGAGGUCAGUUUAGAAAGCUCUUUAACAACUAGUAAAAUUGAAGAAGUAGACAAUGAUGAGAUAAGUCGUAAUAUGUCCAGGAGUUCUCUAGGCGCAGAGGAGAAAGAUGAGGACGAACUCUUAAGGGACAUGGAGGUAAAUUGUCUUGAUGUAUCGGAGGAGGUCAUUGUACAAACAUCAUUUGAGGAGGAGAACUCAGAAAACACAGAGGGAAGUUGUCAACUCAAAGAGGCUGGAGAUGUUUGUUCUGAAGACAAUUAUACAGGAAACAUGUGUCAGACAGGAGUAGAAUCUCAGGAAACAGACCAAGCCUCUGGCACUUCAGACAAAAUGUUGACAUCUUCAUCUAUUGUUGAGGAAGUUGAAGUUUGUACUACAGAAGAACUAUUACCUUGUCAUUAUGAACAGUUGGAAGUUGUAACAGAGAAAGCAGCUGAAACAGCACAACAUUUAAAUGUGAAAAACUAUGGCAGCUUAGUAGAGAAUGCAAACAUUGCUGACAUCAGCCUACGUCAAAUCACAACAAGGGAUAAAAGCCCCAAUCAAAUCAACACAAGUGAAAGUAAUGUUAAUUUGGAAACUUUAGAGAAAAAUAGUAAUCUGAUAAUUGGUGGUAAAACAAAGGAAAGCAUACAGGAAUCAGCUUCUGUGGAUAUUGUAAAGCUGUCAGAUGCAAACACAAUCAGCGAAAUGAAUUCUGUAUCUGUUGACAAGCCACAGUCCAUUGCUUCAAAAUCUAUUAUAAUAUUGAAAUCCACCAAAAAUUCGGAUGGAACUUUUGAAAAAAUGGAGAAUAAUUCCAAAAAACAGAAACUACUAGAAAUGUUAAAUCCUGAAAGAAUUAUUGAAAUGAAAGUGGAUAAAAGUUUGAAUCUGUCGCUUACUUCAAAACAUUGUGAUAGUAUAAUGUCAGACAAAAUGGAUAAAGACAGUUCAAAUCAUAGCAUCAGUACAUCAAUCUCAGAUCAGAAAUUACAAACAGUGCAUAAAUCAGAGAGAAAAACACAGAAUGUGAACGAAUCGUCAAAUAAAUCUGAACAUGUGACUAAGGAAAGAGAAAAAUUGACAAAACCUUUAAAAGUUGUUAAAUCUGUGCCUAUGAAAUCACCUGUCAAGCCAAUGAACAAAUCAUUAGGAUCAGGAUUCGUUCGUCACAAUUUACCACCAAAAGUUCCAGAUAAUCGGGGCAAAACUGCAAAAGCUAAUAUUCUGAAAGACUGGAAAAUGAGUGAUAAAGUUAUGCCUUUGAAACAAUCAGAAAAAAACAAAAAGCUACCUUCUGAAAACAAAUACAAAAGUUCAGGUGUCUCAUCCGUAGGUAAAGUGAAAACCCAGAAUAAUAGUCCAUCAUCAAAACAGAAAAUAUCACUAUGGAAAGAUCUUAGGAAAUUUGAAGGAAAAACAAUCAAGAGAAAAAAAACUAACACAUCUUUGCCAAAACCAAAAACAUCAGUUUGUACAGAGUCAAAAGUGAGCAAAAAAACAGAUAAACCGAUUGCCAAUAAUGGCGAAGAUAUUACUUUGAGCUCUGGAACUGCUACUAACAAUCAAGGAAUAACACUAGGAACAGAUACAAACAUAAACAAUGAUAAAAGUGGCUUGGUUUGCAACAAUAAGAAUGAUGGGGCAAAUGCUGAAAAUGCUAAAAAUGCUGAAAAAGUUGUUGAAGAUAAUUGUGGAGAAGGAGACAUUUGUGGACUUAAGAUUAUCUCUGUUUGUGGAAAUGUGAAUUUCGAUGAACCAGAAGUAAACUCAUCAGAAGAUGAAGAAGAGCUACUGGAAUACGUAAAAAAUAUGAAUGAACGACCUGUUACACCAUCUUUGGAUAAUAUAGAUAUGAUAAUGAACAGUUCGCCAUUGAGAAAGUAUGAUAAAACUACCAAAAAAGAUGGUGAGAAAACCAAUGAUCAAUCUAAGCUUGUAGUAGUGACCAUGCCUUCAUUGGUCCAUAAAGGUACACGUAAAGACAGUUUAUCUGCAUCAUUUGUUCCGAUGGAGACAAAUAAUUCUACAACAGAUGAGAGCGAACUUGAUAGUAGUUGUGAUAAACUUGUUAUUGAUACGGAGCAGUCUGACAGUAAAUUAUCAGGCGGAAGUUCAGUGGAAGCGGAGCAGACAAACAUUUCUCUCUCAAAUGAUAAAGAGAAUAGCGAAGGUACCACGGAAACAGUGGUAUUAUUGAAAGAAUUGUCAACUGUUGAACCUACAACUGAAAGUAUGCACAACACAGAGCCUGGGAAUGACAUGUCAGAAAGUAUGCACAACACCAAGUCUGGGAAUGACAUUUCAGAAAUUGUGCACAAUGUAGAGUCCGGGAACAAAAUGUUAGAAGAUGUGCACAAUGCAAAGUUUGGGAACGAAAGGUCAGAAAGUGUACUCAACACAGAGCCUGGGAAUGACAUGUCAAAACGUAUACACAACGCAGAGUCUGGGAAUGAUAUGUCAGAAAUUGUGCACAAAGCAGAGUCUCGUAAUGAUAUGUCAGAAAGUGUGCAAAUUGAAGAGAAUUGUAAGGCUCCAUCUACAACCAAAGACAGCUCGUCAUUAAGUGAUGAGGGAUCAAAAUGUAUUGACAAUGAUGAAACGUUGAUCUAUGCCCAUAAUACAUCAGACAUGGAAUCAUCUAAAGAAACAAUAGACUAUUCUCAGGAUCAUCAGAAUAAAGGGGAAUCAGAAAACUUCGAACAUGACUUGGAGGAAUACAGUGACAGGGAUUUUGAUGAGGACGAUGAUGAUAUACAAAUUAUGUGGUAUAUAAAAGGUGUGCCACAAAGUCCGUGGACACCAGCCACACCUCAUAUCAAAGAGGAAGGUACAAAUGAAGGAGAAGAAGAAGAUGACGAGUUUAAACAGCCUCCAGUUUUACCAGAACUAGAUGAAUAUUUUAAGAAAAAUCCUGAAAUCUUCUCACAGACAAAAACUGGCAAUGAUACUUCAGGAAAUAGUAGUAUAGUACCCAGUAGUCAGCCAGAUUCUCCACAGUUAGAUGACACAUACUGUGAUAUGUUCUUUGUCAAUGAUAAUCCUGACUUUAAGUAUGAAGCAACUCCUAUCACAGAGGAAACCGAGUCUAAUGAUAAAGGCAUUAAGGAUAGCGAAGGUGGCAGUGAAAAGGUUGUAAGUUCUGCAGAAGAGAAAUCAAAUCACAUGGAUCGGUUAACUAAUCUGAGAUUUGACAAAUACCCUGAACAAAUACAGGCAUUCAAAAACAAAGUGAAGAAAGUUAUUUCUGACAAUCAGGAUUCAUCAGCAGUAGAUAGUGAACAAACUUCAAAGGAAAUUAUAAACGAAACUGUAGUAGAAAAUUUAAAUUCAACUGAAGUAUCUCAUACAAAAGAACAACCAACUGCUAAAGAAAAUGAUGGUGCUACUUUAGAUCUCCCUCAAUCAACAGAAAAUAAUGAAGUUAAUAGUGAACAAGACAGACCAUCGUCAGCAGAAAAUAUGUAUGAUUCUAUCAAACAUCACAGCAGACAAAGAAAGCCAACAAAACCAGGAUCAGGAAAAAAUCAAAAGCAGCAUGUGGUCGGCAGCUUACUGUUCCCCCCAGCUUUACAAAGAACUAAUUGUAAUGAAAACGAUGAUGUACAAGUCAUGCAACAAUCACAACAAAGUACUUUUGAAAUGGCGGAACCAACAAGGAGGCUGAUUUAUAGUAUGCUUUUAUUUUCAAGGAGGCUAACAAACAAUGGAAAUUACGAGUUUUCACAUUUCAAACCAAUCUGUUUUACUCACAUCAAGAUUCUGUUAGACGGAACUAGUAGGAAUACAAUUGGAGAAUUCAUCCCCAAAAAACUGUGUGAUGUUUUAUUACGUUGUGUAAAAUGUUUGACAUGUAAAGGGGACUAUUCGCCAUAUAGGUUCAUGAGACAUGUGUGUAGUGUUCAAUGGAAGAAUGUGUCGGACAGAUCGUUACAGAAUCAGCCGAUCCCUAGAGAACAGUUACAGGGAUCCAGCCAAGUCCUGUGGAAACUCAUGUUCUAUGUCUUCCAGAUGGAGAAACAUUUAAGCAAAAACAAGAAAAUUCAAAACAUAGAUGACAUCCCAGCCAAAGUUUUGAGAUCCCUUUACUGUGGAGAGAAUACUUCACAACAAGAUGAUAAGGCAUCUAAACUGGCAAAGAAACAUUGGAAAGAAAUCCACUCCAAUCAAAAUACACAACACAAUGUCCAUCCUGUACAGAUUGUGGUUAAUCAGAACCAGUAUACAGCUGGGCAAUAUCAGGCAGGUCAGCAAGUCUGUCAGCAGUCAGGCAAUAAAGAUAGACAAUAUCAGCCAGCACAACAGGUAUCUAGCUGCCAGCAGUUGGCCAAUACAGAUAAGCAAUAUCAGCCAGCACAGCAAGUCUGCCAGCAGCUAGGCAAUAAAGAUAGGCAGUAUCAACCAGCACAACAGAUGCCUGUUUCUCAGCAGUCAAACAAUACUGCAGGGCAUUAUCCUUAUCCGGUGGCACCUCAAUUGCCCACUUACCAGAAAUCAGUUAACAAUGCAAGGCAAUACCAGAAUCAUACAACACAUCCGAUACCAACCGGUCAGCAUUUAGGUAACUUACCUGCCUACCAACAACAGAAUACUCAUCAAGGUGGGGCUAUGGCAAAUCCAUUGUCCAACAUUCAUCCUAGUUCUAACAGAGGUAUUAUCCCACACAAUAUACAGGACAAUAAUCAAAGACCACCACACCAUACAACAACCUAUGUUGUUUCCUCCAACCCAUACCAUCCAACAUUUCAACCAACAAGUCAAAAUGAGAUUACAGAUCAACCUGCAUAUCCACAAGUUAAUCCAGCUUCAUAUGCCAAUCAACCAAUGUUUCAACCAACUGGACAAUCAUCACAAAUUGGUACUAGUCAAUCUAUAUUUCAGCCAUCUAGACAACCAUCACAGGUCGUUGGUAAUUACCAAACAUUUCAAACAGGUAGUCCGCCAAUUAAUAGGACAAAUAUGCCUGUACCCACAAUGCAGCAGUCUGUUCAGACUCCACAGCCUAUAGUCAAUAGCCAAAUGAAUUAUCUGUACAAUAGUAAUGCAGCUUAUGAACGACAUACAGAUAAUUUAGCUGGAGAAAACAGAUCCACUUUACCUAGACAAGAGAGUAGAGUGAAUAAGACAUUUCCUUUGUUAAGACAGAUGGUGAGUUCAGAUAUGUCUUCUUGUUCUGUGUCCAAUUUACCACAGCAAAAAGAUGGAAAUACAAACCAACAGUCAGUAUAUAGUGAUGCUAAUCAAAGCAUGACGAGGUCACCUUCACAGAAAAAAAGAUCUUCAUCAAACAUAGAAAACUCCAGUCCAUCAUUGGUUAAUGGUGUUUCUAACAGGAGUAUAUCAUUAGACUCCAUCAGAAAUAAAACUCCUCCGAGUUGUAGAACGACACCUGAUUUACCAGGUAUUAAUGGACAAAAUUCAUCUUUAAGUGCUAAACGAAGAAAAUUAUCUGAUUGUGACAUUCCUAAAGUAAGGAGGAAAUUAAGCACAACUUCUCAGGAAGAUGAUGGUCAGCAGAAUAAAGAAUGCAGUAUAGGAAUAUCGACAGACAAUAAUAUGUCUUUACAAACAUCAACUCUAUCCACAUCAGGACUAAGUGCCACACCACCCACUAAACAGCUAGAUACCACACGGUCCACAUCAGGGUUAGAGGCAUCACCUUCAACAUUAGGGUUAGUGGCCUCACCAUCCACAUCAGGACAGGCGGCAACAUCAUCCACAUCAGGGCUAGUGGCCUCACCAUCCACAUCAAGACAAUUCGUCACACCAUCAAAAUCAGGUUUAGUUGCCUCACCAUUCAUAUCAGAGCUUGCUGUGUCACUGUCCAAAUCAGGGCUAUCUACCCCACCAUCCACAUCAGGGCUUGCUAAAACCCCAUCCACUUCAGAACUUACUGAAACAACAUCAGAGGUCGCUAACACAUCAUCCACACUAGAAUUUACGUCAUCUUUAGCAUCGGGGAAAACAGCAUCAGUUACUACUCCAUCAAGGUCAAGUGAAGGACAAAACUUUAUGAGACAACUUAAUUUCCAGAGACCAGAAGAUAUUAUAAAAGCCUUCCGGUUUGGACAGGAAAUACAACUUCAGGCUAUGAAUAAAAUGAUGGAACUUAUGAAGAAAGAUAAAGAAAAUUAUGAACAGUUGGAGAAAGAGUUGGAAACAGAGAAAGCUAGUCAUGUAAAUGCUCAACAGAAACUGGAGCAAUUAGAAACACAGUUUGGAUCAAUAAUGGAUUGUCUUCAUAAAAAGUCAUGACCCUUUGGAUCCAUUAUGGAUUGUCUACAUAAAAAGUCGUGACCCUUUGGAUCAAUAAUGGAUUGUCUUCAUAAAAAGUCAUGACCCUUUGGAUCAAUAAUUGAUUGUCUUCAUAAAAAGUUGUGACCCUUUGGAUCAAUAAUGGAUUGUCUUCAUAAAAAGUCAUGACCCUUUGGAUCAAUAAUGGAUUGUCUUCAUAAAAAGACAUGACCCUUUCCUUGAUGCUACAUGAGGAGUCCCUUCAUUAGAAAUCCAUCACAUGAAAUAGUGCCAAAUAUUAUAAGUGUAAAUAAAUGUAAAUAAUUGUAAAUAUGACAGCAUUUUAGUGCAAUGAGAUUAUUAUUCUCUCUGGUACAUGUACUUUAUUUGUUAUUAAGGUGGAGAUAACUCUAAUUAUCAAGGGGAAAUAACUCCUUGUUUAAUAUUUUAUACAGGGCUUAAAAUAUUGUUUUAAUCUAACAAAUGUUUAUAUUUUCAUUAAAAUUGUAAGGCAGCAAGAGUAUUAGUUAUGAUUCGUAGUAAAUUUGUAGAGAACAUUUUAUUAAACCAUGUGAAUUCACACUAUGUUGCAGCAUUAUAUUUACAGAUAUAAACAUUGAAAACUUUUACAUUAUCACUCAAUCACUGUAUUUAUCUCAUCUUUUGAACUAUUGUAAUUGUCUUUUGAAUUUUGAACCAUAGAAUUUGUCUUUUGAAUUUUGUUAUUUGACAUUAUUUUAGUGGAAUAAUUUGCUUUGUUGAUUAAAAUAUGUAACAAGGGUUAAUGGAAAACAAUGGGUGGGUUAAACGGUAAUGAACUGUAUACUACCUAUGUUGACCAGACAAAUAGGAACUAGUUACUUAUGGAUUUAUAACACAUGUACAAUCAGCUAAAACAAUUUUUUUUAAUUUUCUUAAUGUUUGGUUCAACUCCUGCCUUCCUAUACAUUUUUUCUUAGCUCUUACUGAACCAUUUGAAUGUUACUUGUUUGCAGUUAUAUAGUCACAUACCAUCAUGUAAUCAAAACCAAAAUACCCACAUUCUGUGUUCAUAUAACUAUACUACUGCAUUUAUUGUCUUUUAAUACUUUUAUAUUUGCUAUUCAAUUAUGAACGUUUUUGUUCGUUGAACUGCUGUCUUCAUUAACUGUAUUUUUAUAUUUGAUAUUAUGUUCUUAACAUAAAAUAUGAAUUACCAAUGCUCAGGUUUCGUCUUAAUUUAUACCAAGAUUUAAUCAUGUUUUAUUUUUUGUCCACUGAUAUUAACUGCUGAUUUUUAUUUAUUUAUUUAUUAAUUAUCAACCUGUGGUCUUUACACAAUCUGAAACCAAAUAGAAGGCUCAUAUUCAGAACUUAUACGUUUAAUUUAAAAAUUUUAUGGAAUUUGUUGACAACAUUUUUUUGGUCAUUUCAAUGUUUUCAUGUAAGUUUUUCAUUUCACUUGAAGUAAUGAGGGUGUGUUACCAUGUGGGGACGUAAUAACCAAAUUAAAACUCAAUUAUAUUGUUCAAUUAUGAAUUACAGUAACCAUGAUAGUUAGUAAUAAGAGUUAUUUCUGUUUACCAUAUUGAAAGGAAGUAAGACACAUAUGGUAGGACAUGAUAUUAGUUUCGACAGUGUUUGUAAAUAUUUGAUGACUUAGAACUGUAUAGUGAAUAAAAUGAAUGAUUUUAAGUGCCAAAGUGUACUUAUUAGAGAAACAUUGUGUGCCAAAAGAUUUUAUGUGUAAACUCAGAAUCUCAAAAAGUGUUCACAUAAAUUGUUAUUAAAUAUA